AAAGUCUCCCCUGCCAAGGUGCCUCCUCUAGGGUGGGGCUGGAGAUCCAACUUUUCUGCUUCUAGCAGCUGCCUCGCACUCAAAAUGAGAUGGACGGAUUGAUUUUCCUUCUGGUUCAGGCAUUAACUAAACCUCAGGCUUCCAGGAAAGAUCCUGUCAACCAACAAAUGCAUGGAAAGACAGCAUCUCUGAAGAGCCCUGCAUCCUACACGGAGACACCAGACAGGGUUCAGGAACCCCCAGAAUACAGUCUGUACUGGCCAGAAAGCUUGAAGGGCGAAGAGAUAAAGAAGUAUGGCCGGGAAGGGAUCCAGCCCAUGUGUUUGCAGACACCACUGAGUAAAUACAACCAGCAAUACCACAAGCUGUUUAAGGACAUCCCCUUGGAGGAAAUGGUUCUAAAAGUAUGCUCCUGUGCACUCCAGAGGGACCUCCUUCUCCAGGGCCGGCUCUACAUCUCCCCCAACUGGCUCUGCUUUCAUGCCAGCCUCUUUGGCAAGGAUAUCAAGGUGGUCAUUCCUGUGGUAUCUGUGCAAAUGAUAAAGAAACACAAGAUGGCGCGACUUCUUCCCAAUGGACUGGCCAUCACCACCAACACCAGCCAGAAGUAUGUCUUUGUGUCACUUCUCUCCCGGGACAAUGUAUAUGACUUGCUGAGGAGGGUCUGCACACACUUACAGCCUUCCAGCAAGAAGAGUCUGAGUGUAAGAAAAUUUCCAGAGGAACCGGAGUGUGAGUCUCCGGAAGUCCUCAUUCCUGAGAUGAAGUGGAGAAAAGUGUGCCCUGCCUCCAGAUCCCUGUCACUCCCAGACAACAUCCCUUAUAUCCCUCAGGCAUCCAUGGACUGCACAGACAGCUUCUUCCCUUCCAGGAAGCCUCCAGGUUCUGAGAGUGCAGCCUGUGAGGACAGGGAGCUGGAGGAGGAGCCCACAAGUGACCAGGAGCUGAGGCUCUGGGAUUCUCGCCUCCUCAAGGUCGUCUUCCUGCUGAUCUGCUUCUUGGUCAUGUCCUCAUCCUAUCUGGCAUUCCGCAUCUCCCAACUGGAACAACGGUUAUGCUCCUUAAAUUGGGAUGCUCCAGUCCCUGGGCACAGGUAACAGCCAUUUGGCCUUUGUCCUCGUACCUUCUCCAAGAAGAAUGCUCUGGGUGCUAAACUUCCAAUGAUACCUUUGAUUUAUGCUGCUGCUAUGCUGAGACUGAAUAUGAAGGAAAAUAUUCUAGAUCCCUCUGCUCCCCCAAGUCUUCUUCCUCCCUCAAUGGGUGAUCUGAAGUACCUAUUUACAAAUUAACUGGAUCCUACAAAUUUUGGACUCAAACAAAAAGCUAGAUUUUUGGAACCAGCAGAGGAAUUCUGUACACUAAACUUCAGCAAGCACUUAAUGAAACAAAAAAUUAAACUUGCUCCUUUAAAACAGUUCUGGCACACAAGCAGAGCCCUGGGGGCUACCUCAAGGGCCAAAGGCCAUGUUUGAUGCCUGGAACAUGGCUUUCUAUCACAUGACCCACUCCAGUGUAGGCGGGGAGGAAGAGGCCAGUACAUAAAUCCUGUGUGUGUGUGCUCUGCUCUCUUCUAACACACUGCUCUUGCUUGGGACACUGAGGGUCUCUGCCCUGGAGAUUCCAGAAAGACAUUUCUUGUUCCGAGCCAAAGUUCUGUGCUGGCCCCUAAUGAGGAUCCAGUCGAAUCCAGAAAAAAUUUUAUCAACAGCAAGGGAUGGUGGCAAGGGCUGUGAAGGAGAAUGGAGGUCCCAGAAUUCCAUAUCCCCUGCUGUUAUUUUCUGAUGAGACAGGUGAAGCAGGACCUCUGAUUACCUGUGGUCACCUACCUGGUAUUAGGUCUAUCCCUGGUAUGCUCAAACAUUUCCAAGGUGUCCCAGGCCCUGGAAGCAGGUGAGGGGGAGGGUGGAAGCUUUGAUUUGAGUUCUUUCUGGGUACUUCCUGCCUGACGGCCCAGAUCUCAGGCAUGACCAACAGCAGUCUGCUGGGGAGACCUGCCUGGGCAGCCAAAUGCAAUGGUGUUAGGCCACCACAGGGCAGAUUUCACUUAUGUCACUUGCAGUCAGCAGGCCAUGGGGGACAGUCAUUUACUCCAUAGGAUCUGUUCCCCAUGAAUAAGGUGCAGGUGUCCUAGCGGGGCCUAGUUCAAUGCAGACUAGGUGUUUAGUCUGAUACAUUUGGGCACAAGAAAUGUAAGGGACAAGAUGGGUAGAUACAAUGAUGGUUUUGCCUUGGAGAGUCUUCCUCUCUCUGCCUUCUCUGUUCUGAAAAGAACUCAGGCCUGAUCUUCCUAGGACUCUCAUUUGCUAAGACAGUACCUGUGGAGGUUCCAGAAAGGACUUAGUAAGGAGACCACAGAUGUCAGAGAAAGGCACUUGUGAUAUGUGGGCAGUGUCAGAAACAGCCACUGUGUUCCCCUCUCUGAUACCAAGAGGUUAAUCAGGGGAGGAAAUCCACAUGGAAAUUAUUUAUCACAGACCAGAGAUCAUCUGUUCUGUUCAUGACAAAUCCAAAUGAGGACUGGAAGGACUGAUAGUAGGUGACAAUCCCAGUUCAGACCAGAGAGCUCUUUAUCCUCUCCACAUACCACUUUCCCAGACUGAGUGUAGAGCCUGGCCUUGUGUGUGGUUUGCACCGAAUCUGGACGUCUCAGGUGAAACUCACUGCUGAUUCCUCUCACAGUGCCACACUGGAUGCAUGCCCAUCUUUUUUCUUUCUUUACUUUUGGAUACAGCCCCAUUCAUCACUCUUUUUCACCAUAUUUUCAGGGAAACAAUGCUUCUUGCUCCAGUUCAUUUCCUCCCUGGUCCGUGCUAAAAGGCAGGGAGAACAAAUCCAUUCUCUGAGCCUUGCCAGGUUGAACCAGAGACCAUGAGAGAUGCCAAGUCACAGUUGGAUGUGCCGCAAUGCUGGUCUCCUGCCAGACCCUGGACUCAGAAAGGGCUGGAGGUGUGCUGUAGGGUAGGUGGUUUUGGAGACAUGCUUGUGGCCCAGGGCUCUGAGUGGCUUGGGUGUGCCUGUUCCUCUGGACCAUCCUUUCUCCAUUUCUCCCUUUGUUCCCCACCCUGGUCCUCUGGGGCUACUCUAUUUUCUACUGGGCUCAUUCAUAAACUGUUAAAGUAUUCACACAUUCCUGCUUGUGUUGGCUAAUGCUCCUCUAAUUGAGAGUUUGGGAUCAAACACCCUAGGGUUGUUCCACUGUGGCAUUAGCCUUUGAAUAUUGUUUAAAAUAAUAAAAAAUCUUGAUUUUUCUAGUG